AUGAACAGGCCCACCCAGUCUCUAUAUAAGGAUCGACUGCCUCCCCCUCCCGAGAGGCUUUCCUACAUCCAAGCUACUUACUCACACUGUCCUUGCGUCAAGCCGAAAAAGCAUAACCUUCAAGUCCUUCAAAUCACAUUUAAUCUACCGGUCAAGAUGCGUCUCGCCUAUCUCAUUCUCUCUGUCUUUGUCGCUACCGUGGCUGCGGUGCCGAACCAAUGCACCCCCAACGGUCUGCCAUGCGACUCGCAAACUCCCUGCUGCUCGAAGCUCUGCGUCAUCAAGGGUGACAUCGGCAGCCCCAACGAGAAUGGUACCUGCAUGUGA